UCGAUUGCGUUCCAAUUUCGAUGGGCUGGAACACAGCAGCAGUCCAGAAGGAAAUCGCUGCAUGUAUGCCUACGAAUACAAAUUUCCCAAAAUAACACAGAUCGAUCCAUUCUCGUUAUAAAAUCCUAAACUCAGACCCACUCCACGUUACGAAACUAUAGCGACCCCCUAAAGAAGCGUGCUUCGUCGCCUUCCCCCGGCCUCACGUUACAGCCAAUCAGUCCUUUUCGUUAGGGUUUUUUCCCCCGUUCAUUAUACCAGACCACUUCCAUUAAGAAAGCGUACCCUCACAUCAUCGCCCCAAUCUCUCUCUACCAUUUUUAAUUUGUAGUGCGCCUCUCUCUACAGUUUAGAUUUUGACCGCGGGCACACCACACCCCCCCUCUCGAAAAUCUGGAUAGUCACAACAUCCUUAUGUAUCACUGCACUUUCUAGUCUAGGGCCUAUAUAGUGAGAGAAAAAAAAGAAGAAAGAAAGUAGGCACACCACGCAUCCUUCAUUUUCACCUCCAUACCAAACACAACAAUGAGAUAAAGGUGUGAUCUUCAGUUGCAAAAAAGGGAAUGUGAGAGAAAUGUAAUUGUUGAUCUAUACACGCUAUAUGGCAUUACCAAUUUUAGGAUGCAAUUAUGGAAGUGCUUUCUUGUUCUGGCGUACAGUAUGGCGGGGAAUCUGAUUGCUCGCAACAGGUUUCAGGAACAACUUUCAUGUAUGGUGCAGAAUCAAACUGCCUUGAACAUGGAGAACAAGUUCAGGUGGCAGAUGUUAAAGUGAAUGACUUGGUUCUAAAUACUGGAGGGCCUCAGGAAGAGAGACAGGGGGGAGCUCAAUGGACUGUUGAUGAAUUGCCUGAUUCUGAAGUUCAUUGUAAUGGAGCUUCAUAUUUUGAGCUUGAGGUGGAGGCCCAACAAUUUUCUUCUGAUUCUCACGAGUCAGAGGAUGAGAACUUGAAUGUGCAAGAGUUUUUCACAGAAACUUCCGUGGCCUCUGAGAGCUCCCAUUUAAUUGUGGAUACAAUUGAUAGUGGACUGUCCGGUAACAGGGAGGAGGAUGAACCUUCAAUUUCAGGACUGCAGUGGUUAGAACGUGAUGAUCCUGUUGCUGUUUGGGUGAAGUGGAGAGGGAAGUGGCAAGCAGGAAUCAGAUGUGCAAGGGCAGAUUGGCCAUUGCCAACGGUGAAAGCAAAGCCGACUCAUGACAGGAAAAAGUAUCUUGUGAUAUUUUUUCCACGCACAAGAAACUACUCUUGGGCUGAUGUCCUACUUGUGCGACCAAUUAAUGAAUUUCCAGAUCCCAUUGCAUAUAGGUCGCACAAAGUUGGCAUGAAAAUGGUUAAAGAUUUGACUCUUGCUCGACGGUUUAUCAUGCAAAAAUUGGCAGUUGGUAUGCUAAAUAUUAUUGACCAAUUACAUGCAAAGGCUCUGGUAGACACUGCUCAAAAUGUGAUGGUCUGGAAGGAAUUUGCUUUGGAAGCUUCCUGCUGCAAGAGUUAUUCUGAUCUAGGAAGGAUGCUUCCGAAACUUCAGCAUAUGAUACAGAAGGGCUGUUUAAGUUCUGCUUGGUUACAGCUUUCUUCCCACUCUUGGGUAGAAAAGUGUCAGAUUGCAGAUAGUGCUGAAUCUGUUGAAAUGCUGCGGGAGGAAUUAGUUGGUUCCAUACUGUGGGAUGAAGUCAACUUACUCUCAGAUGUAACAAUGCAGCCUGAGCUGGUUUCUGAGUGGAAGAACUGGAAACAGGAAGUUAUGAAAUGUUUUUCAACAUCCCAUCCCUUACCUAGUGGCGGAGACAUGGGCCAACAGACUAAUGGUAGUAGUCCUUUGGGCACAGGGCUUCCGAUAAGCAGAAAGAGACCCAAGCUGGAAGUUCGUCGUGCUGAUUCACAUUCGUCCCAGGUUGAUACCCAGGGUUCACAUCAAGCUAUCACUAUGGACAUUGACACUUGCUUUUUUGAUGCUCAGGGAAUAGGAGAUACCAGUACACAAGAAGCACUGAUUAAAGACUCCCCUAGAAAGAUGGCUGAUACAUGGGGUGAGAUUGUAGUGGAAGCCGAAAAUUCUGAGGUCAUUCAGACUAGAGAUGUCGAAAUAACGCCUGGGAAUGGAGAGGUGUUUAAGAAUCGCCAGUGUGCUGCUUUUAUUGAAGCCAAGGGAAGGCAGUGUGUAAGGUGGGCAAACGAAGGUGAUGUCUACUGUUGCGUGCAUUUGGCCUCUCGUUUUGCUGGCAGUGCUGCAAAAGUAGAGGCUACUCCUCCUGUUGAUGCACCAAUGUGCGAAGGUACAACCACUCAUGGUACCAAGUGUAAGCAUCGGUCUCAAUAUGGUUCUUCUUUCUGCAAGAAACAUGGACCCCGCGAUGCAAUGACCUUCACUUUGCCUGAUAAUAAGCUCAAGAGAAAGCAUGAUGAGCUUAUGAGCAGGCUAGGGACCACGAAUUGCACGGACAUUGUUUUAGUGGGAGAAGUUGAAGCACCCCUCCAAGUGGAUCCAAUCUCAGUUAUUGGUAGAGAGAGUUCUAAUGAAAGGAGCUUGAUUGCCUAUGAAGGUGCUGAGGUACCGCAUUGCAUAGUUUCAUGUACCCAUGACGGCAGCAAUCCUUGUCUAGAAAUACCAAAGAAGCAUUCUCUAUAUUGUGAAAAUCACUUGCCUAGCUGGCUUAAACGUGCUAGGAACGGGAAGAGCAGGAUAAUUUCAAAGGAAGUGUUUUUGGAUCUUUUGAAGGAUUGCUACUCUCGGGAGAAAAAACUACAUUUACAUCAAGCAUGUGAGGUGUUUUACAGGCUCUUCAAAAGUAUCCUGUCCCUAAGAAACCCAGUUCCCAAGGAAAUCCAAUUUCAGUGGGCCAUGUCCGAAGCUUCUAAGGAUUUUAGUGUUGGGGAUUUCUUGAAGAAGUUGGUUUGCAGUGAAAUAGAGAGACUGAGGAGGCUUUGGGGCUUUGAUGCUGAAAAAAAUAAUACAGAAGUUUCCUCAUGUGUCAAACAAUCAGUUCUAGUUCCAGUGGCUACAGAUACUGGGCACCAAGUACCAAAUACUAUCAAGUGCAAAAUGUGCUCAAAAUUUUUUUCAGAUGACCAAGCACUUGGUGCACACUGGAUGGAUAAUCAUAAAAAGGAAGCCCGGUGGCUGUUUAGAGGUUAUGUUUGUGCCAUUUGCCUAGAUUCUUUCACUAAUAAGAAGGUUUUGGAAACACAUGUGCAGGAGAGACACCAUGUGGAAUUCGUUGAACAAUGCAUGCUUCUACAGUGUAUUGCUUGUAGUGCACAUUUUGGAAAUCCUGAGCAGUUAUGGUCGCACGUGAUUUCAGUACACCCUUCAAAUCUCAAGAUGCCAGAAGUUGAACAGACUAUCAUGUCAGUGGGUGAAGAUUCUGUGCAGAAACUUGACCUGGUUAAUUUAGCUUCAGUUGAUAUGAAGAACAUUGAGAGUCAAGGUGGUGUUAGGAAGUUCAUUUGCAGGUUUUGUGGGUUAAAGUUUGAUUUGCUGCCAGACCUGGGCCGUCACCAUCAAGCAGCUCAUAUGGGGCUGAAUUCUGUAGUACCACGCCCUUCAAAGAGGGGUAUCCAUUAUUAUUCUUAUAAGAUGAAAUCAGGGAGACUGAGCCGACCUAGAUUCAGAAAAGGUCUAGGAUCCGCAGCAUAUCGUAUUCGGAACAGGGGCAGUUUAAGUAUUAAAAAACGAAUCCAGGCAUCAAAUGUUGUUGUCACUGGGGAGAUGAAAGUGGGAUCUCAUUUAACUGAGGCAGGAAGUCUCGGUAGAUUGGCAGAAUCUCAGUGCUCAGCUGUUGCAAAGAUAUUGUUUUCUGAAAUUCAAAAAACUCAACCACGUCCAAAUAACAUUGACAUUUUAUCCAUUGCUCGCUCUGCAUGUUGCAAGGCCAGUCUCCAAGCCUUGCUGAAGGAUAAAUUUGAACUGUUACCAGAACAUUUGUACCUGAAGGCUGCAAAACUCUGUAGUGAACAUAAUAUUUUGGUUGAAUGGCAUAGAGAGGGGUAUAUUUGUCCUAAAGGAUGUGAACCAAUGACAGAUCAACAUUUGGUUCCUUCUUUGAGGCCUCUUUCAGAAGAUGUUUUGAGGCUGAGAUCUGAACUUCAAGCAGAUCCUGCGAAUCCUGAAUGGGAGAUGGAUGAGUGCCACUGUGUUAUUGAUUUCCGGCAUUUAAAACAGAAUUCAUUGCCAAAAACCUUCAUCUUAUGUGAUGACUUAAGUUUUGGGUUGGAAUCAGUUCCAAUAAUAUGUGUAGUGGAUGAAAAUCUUUUGGAUUCCAUACGCAUGGUUCCAGAUAGUUCUAGUGGCCAAGUUACUGCAUACUCUAUGCCUUGGGAGAGCUUCAGAUAUGUCAGGAAACCAUUGCUUGAUCAAUCCCUUUGUCUUGAAGCGGAGAGUUUGCAGUUGGGGUGUGCUUGCACUCAUUCAUCAUGCUCUCCUGGAAUGUGCGAUCAUGUAUACCUUUUUGACAAUGACUAUGAAGAUGCAAAGGAUAUAUAUGGCAAACCCAUGCGCGGCAGAUUUCCAUAUGAUGAGAAGCGGCGGAUCAUUUUGGAGGAGGGUUACUUGGUCUAUGAAUGCAAUUACUCAUGUGGCUGCAGUAGGUCCUGUCAGAAUAGGGUUUUGCAGAAUGGCGUACAAAUUAAGCUAGAAGUCUUCAAAACUGAGAAAAAGGGUUGGGCAGUUAGGGCCAGAGAAGCAAUCCCAAGAGGCACAUUUGUUUGCGAGUAUGUCGGGGAGGUUAUAGAUGAAAAGGAAGCAAAUAAGCGGCGGAAUAGGUAUGGAGGAGAAAGUUGGGGAUAUUUCUAUGACAUUGAUGCACACAGUAGUGACAUGAGCAGAUCGAUUGGAGGGCAGGUCCCAUAUAUAAUUGACGCAAUGAACUAUGGAAAUGUUUCUCGGUAUAUCAACCACAGCUGCUCACCGAAUCUAGUGAAUCACCAAGUUCUUGUGGAAAGCAUGGAUUGUCAGCUUGCGCACAUUGGUCUCUAUGCAAGUGGAGAUAUAGAUGCAGGUGAAGAACUGACAUAUGAUUACCGAUACAAGCUGCUGCCUGGAGAAGAACAGCGGUGCCACUGUGGAGCUCUCAAUUGCAGGGGCCGCCUUUAUUGAAAUGUUAAUCUAUUGUACGCCCUGGUGGUCUCUGCAUCAUAAAUAAAGUGUGCCCUGCUGUUGGUGUAUGGCUUUUCAUUUUUCCGUUUAUUGUAAAAAUGUUUUGCACAACGCACUUAAAGAGGUGAUCAUUAAGCCCCCUACUGUCUUUUUCCUUCUUCUCUUCGGUUAAUUAUCACUGGUUAGAGUUGAAGCUGCUCGAGUUUGGCGAUUCACAGAUGCAUUUGUGGAUCACAUCUCUGUUAGUGUUGUAAUGGAUGCUUUAGUUAAUGAAUAUUCACCGUAAUCUUAGUGUA